AACUGACCAUUAUUCAGCCAGACGCUCUUCACAGACUCCAGAUUUUACUGGGAAUCUUCAGCUCUCUGUGGAAUCAUGAAUUAAUGAAGAGGAAAAACACUGUCAGAAACUAAAACAGAAAGUCAAUUCAAAACAAAGGUGUUUCACAAGCUGGAACGUGAGUCUUCUUGCUUUUAUUGUUUAUGUAUGUAUGUUUGCUGAGGGAGAAUCAUUCAAAAUGAAACUACUGCUCUGUUUUGUAUUUACAUGCAAAUAUUCAGCUGGACAGAUAUAUAUCUGUCAAAGUGAAACUUGACUACUGCAUUUAUUAACAUGUUCUGUUCAGGAAAAAAAAUUAAAGUUCUCUUCAGCAGACGAAGCCAUAAUCAAGAAUUAAACAUUAUUGAAGAUAAUAAUAACCAUUUCUAAAGACAGAAACACACAGGUUUUUCCUCCCAGUUGUGUACAUUUUUCAGAAAUUUUCAGCAAUGGGCAACAGUCUGUCAGUUUUAAAGGAACAUGGCUACUCUCUAGUGAGUCAACAGGAGAAUAAGAUCCUGGUGAAAAAUGAAGGUGGCGAUCAGUUUCUCAUUAAAAAGUUGAGCACUGACCGGGACGAAUCCAAUUUUCUCCUCCAUCUCAAUCACCCACACAUCGUCCAGCACAAGGAAUAUAUUGAAGAUUCUGACUGUUUGUAUCUUGUCCUGGAGCACUGUGAAGGUGGAGAUCUCGCUCAGAAAAUCAAAAACAAAAAGGAGGGAAAUGCUAUGUUUUCUGAGAAUGAGAUUCUGGACUGGAUUGUGAAGAUCUGCAUGGCGUUAAAAUACCUGCAUGAUCAACAGAUCCUGCAUAAAAACCUGCAACCGGAGAGUAUAUUCUUCACUACAUUUGGAACCAUCCGUCUUGGAGAGUUCGGAGUGGUCCAUCAACGGUCCACUGAACAACAAGCUGAAGAAAAUAAACCUUCUUCAUAUGUUGCACCUGAGAUUUUUAAUUGCAUACCUUAUGAGGAAAAAACUGAAAUAUGGGCGCUGGGAUGUGUCAUCUAUGAGCUGUGUAUGCUGAAACGUGCGUUUCCUGCAAUAUUGACAGUUGAGACUGUUCAAAAGAUACUCACUUCCUCCUAUGAAGCUCUUCCUGAGACCUUCUCAGAGGACCUUCGUCAGUUGGUAGCAGACACACUUCAGCCCAAUCCAGUGAAUCGCCCGUCUGUCAGUGAGAUCUUGACCAGACCUUUUAUCAUUUAUUACCUUCGUGAAAAGAACAUGCAAACUAUUAAGACACUUUAUAGGACGCUAGAGGAACUGAGAGCCCUGGCUGAUGAUUUGGAAAGAGUCCAUUUCAACACAACUGUAGGCAGUCUCACAGGAGGUGUCAUAGGACUGGCUGGAGGAAUCACAUCUGUGGUUGGACUUGUUCUCUCUCCGUUCACUAUGGGAGCAUCUCUGAUAGUAACAGGGGUGGGAAUCGGUACAGCGGUAGCUGGAGGAGUAACAGCUGGUGCCAGCAAUAUAACAAACAUGGUUAACCAGAAUACAAACCGGAACAAGAUCAAAAUGCUCAUAAAGGAGUUCCAAGAAAAAAUCACCUCCACAGUUUGCUGCAUCCAAAACAUCCAAAUAGCCGUGGAAACUUUAGAAAGACAGUUUUCCACAAGCGAUGACUCAUUUUCCAAUACACGAUCUGGGGCAAAUGCUGGAGCUCGACUUGGACGAGGACUGGGAGGAAUUCCAGAGAUUCUCCGUGUAAUUGAGGUCGUAAAUGUCGGAAAGGUCGCAGCUCAGGCUGCGAGAGCCGUUCGUGUGGCUGAAGCAGCUACUGGAGUUUUGUCUGCACUUUUUGUAGCUGUUGAUGUCUUCUUUGUUUUUCUCGACUCCAGAGAAAUCCACAACAUCCGCCAAGAUUGCGCUUUAAGAGAGAGUCGACGAGAAUCACACGCCACCAGCACCCAAACCUCUGAGUCAACUGACCAGACGUCAAACAUCAGCGACACAACAAACCUGCUGCCUUCAAACGCUCAACAGACAGAAGAACUGAAAUCUGAGACCAUGAAAUUUGUGACAAAAAUAAAGGAGACAACAGAGGAGCUUCAGAAGAUUGUGGAUACACUGCGAGAUGCAGUGCACCUAAACUCUGAAAAUUACUAAAAUUGUUAGUAAAUCUCCAUAUGUUCUUCAGUCAUAUAUUGAUUAUAGUUGUAGCAAAGGGUAGGUGAUGGUAACUGUAUAUUCUGGGGUUUUAUGAUGAAAUAUCUAAAUAUUUCUAUAUUGCAAUAGUGUUUCAAUAGUGCUCAGAAACUUUUUGAGAAGUACUAAAUGAAGCUUGCUGCAUUCACAUUUAAAUAAUAUUAAUAAAUGUAUAUCAGGACUUGCCUUUAUUUUCUUGAUGUUUUGGAAAUCAGAAAAUAUAAUCAUUAAAUCUUAUCAUUUUUCCUCUUUCUGUAUGCAUGCAGCUGCUUAUUGUAAUGUCCUUUCAC